AUAUUAUGGCUCAUCCAAUUCACCAAGCUAAUGGAAACAGCCCUUAUGGAGACCUUACAAAGGAAGAGUUCUACAAAAAACACCAAGUACUCCACCAAGAAAGCUUCAUGUUAAACAAACAGAACAUGAACAUUUUCACUCAGUCCUGGUGCCCCAAUGCCACCACCCCUCAGCUAAGAGGCCUUGUAGCCAUGGUCCAUGGCUACAGCUCAGAGAGCAGCUGGCUCUUUGAGCUAACUGCGAUCGCCCUAGCAAAAGCUGGGUUCUAUGUUUGUGCUCUUGACCUCCAAGGCCAUGGCUACUCCGAUGGUCUACGCGCUCACAUCCCAGAUAUUAAGCCUGUAGUUCGCGAUUGCAUCCAAUUCUUUGAUUCAACACGAGCCAACCACCCGAAACUCCCAGCUUUCUUAUAUGGUGAGUCUCUUGGUGGUGCAAUUGGAAUGCUAAUAUGCCUAGAGCAAAGAACUGAGUGGAAUGGUUUGAUACUAAGUGGAGCUAUGUGUGGAGUUUCAAAGAAGAUGAGACCAGUGUGGCCUAUUGAGAAGCUACUUCCUGUGGCAGCCUUUAUCGCGCCCCGUUGGAAGAUUUGGAUCACAAAACCUCCUUCUAAAAUAGCAUAUAAGGAGGAUUGGAAGAGAAAGUUGCAUGUAAAGAGUCCAAAGAGCUUGGCAAAUAUGAAGCCAAGGGCAGCCACUGCACUGGAGUUUCUGAGAGUUUGUGAAUAUAUAGAGAGGAAUUGCCAUGAACUUGAGGUUCCAAUGCUAAUAUUGCAUGGUGGGGCUGAUAAGGUUUGUGAUUCUGAAUCUGCUAAGUUUGUUUAUGAAUCAGUAGCAAGUAAGGACAAGAGCUUGAAGAUUGUUGAAGGCAUGUGGCAUCAGAUGAUUGGUGAACCAAAUGAAAGUGUGCAGAGAGUGUUUGAGGUGAUACUGUCAUGGAUUGGCGAGAGAGCUGACAAAAACUAAAACCAGCUGGGAUGUGUUUUGAGUUGUUAAAUGAUGUGCAAAAUCUAAUGUAUAUUCCUAUGAAUUUGGCAUUGGAUAUGAAUAGUUUGGUGCUGGUUGUAAGGAUGAAAAUGUCACUUGGUUUCCACCUAAACGAUCAUAAUGCUUUGAUUUCUACGAA